AUGACGGGAAACACUCAGGGAACAGAUCUAAAACCAGCCAAGGCCAGAGGAGCACAGCGAUGUCUAAAUGUUAUUGUAGUUUACCUCAUCCUUCUGACUGCACUGAAUGCCUUCCUCCUUUACAAAGUGUUUUCAAUUAAGUCUAGUAGUCUCUCCUCCUCUGGCUCCAGGACAGCCAAGCUGACUGAUAAUCACAUCCCCCUGGGGACGGACCAGGAGGAGGACCUCCAUACCCUUGCCAGAAACACCAGCCUGGAGACCACUUCUCUCAGAGGAGACCUGGGGAGGUUACAUACCCAAGUGUCCAGCCUCUGUGGGGAGGAUGGCCAGCUGGGCCAGCUGAGAGCUAACGCCAGCACCACUCUCCUUCAGGACACAGUGAAAGCAUUCAGAUUACUCAAAGCUCCACCAGGCCCACAGGGACCUAUUGGUCCACCUGGUGCGAGGGGAGUACCUGGUGAGAGGGCAGACAAGAGAGAAACGGGAGACCCUGGAGUUGAUGGCCAGACUGGAGCCAAGGGAGAAGCAGGGGAACCAGGACCCAAAGGCGGUGCAGCUAUUAACUGUUCAGGAACCCCUGGGCUGCCAGGACUACAGAUACCAAAGGUGGAUAAGGGACACAUUGGUUUACCAGGGAUACCAGGCCAGAAUGGGAUCAAAGGGGACACUGGAGCCCAGGGGAGUGAUGGUGUACAGGGGGCCCCUGGUUUGAAGGGUUACACAGGGCCGACAGGACAACCUGGACCCAUAGGACCUGAAGGUGAAUUUCACCCUGUCUCUGAGAAUGGAACAAGAGGACUUGUUGGAUUUCCAUGGUUGCCGGGAAGUCAUGGACUACUAGGUCCACGUGGAGAGAAGGGUGAAAGAGCAGCUGGACCAGGAAUCGGUAGGAUCUGGUUUGAUGACCUGCAAUGCACAGGCAGAGAGGCCAGUGUGUUUGACUGCCCUCACAACGGCAUGGGCAUCAACAACUGUCAACACAACGAGGACACUGGGGUGCAGUGUGUGUGAGUGUGUCCUGGAUCAUAGCCGCACAGAAAGAGAGAGACACACACACAUACACACAUACUAAAGUAUGUACACACAUAUAUUAACAUGUCACAGAUGGUAAUUAAGCUUAUUGAGACUUGUUACAUCUACUGUAUCCUAUCUUUUUUAACAUUAAUAAAUCAUUGUUGAUAUAAACUUGGCAUUUAACUAACAUGUAGCUAACUUAGGCCUACCCAUUGUCUUACGUCAGAUGGUGUCACUCCUACGUGACGCUCGUCCUUCAACCCAUCUGUCUUGUAGGACGUGGAACUCAUCUUAAAAAAUCUAGAUUUUGCUCAUCCGCCGAACACUAGUUCCUAACUCUAUGACGUAUCUAUGACGCACUGACUACUACGAUGCUUGAUCAGCUGAGCAAACUUGCCCCAGCUAGGAGACUAGUGCUAACUUGUUUGAAUGGCCAUUACUGUAGCUAGUUUGCCAGCUUGUUGAUGAAUAACCAAGAAAUCAGCAUGUAUCUGAUUCUAACAGCUGGCACUGUGCCU